AUGAUGGAUGCACUUAUUGCCUCAAGCGAAAGAAGAGGCCGUGGGAACAUUGAUGUCAUGAAUUCCGGUGGGAACAAAUGCCUGAUCGUUAACGCUGCUGCCUUCACUCAGCCUUUGGUUCGUCGUCAACGGUGCUACGUAGGUUGGUGUGGUGGCGCUGGUGUGCUGGAACGAGUCUCGCUCUUUUCACAUCUUCUAAGCCUCAAGGAAGAAUUUUCAGCGAUGAGCUUAAGAGUGAACCCCGUUGUUGCGCAAAGAGCCUGGUAG